AUGGAAAAGUAUGGAAAUUCAAACUGUGUAGAAACCUUGAGCCAUGGACAUAGUGUCAGUGACAUUACCUAUUGGUUUCUAUUGCAGAUUAAAGACCAAACGUUGGUGGUUGCCAUAUUUGAAAUGCUGACUCAGCCUUGCGUUUUGUCAAACAGGCAAAGUGGUGGACCUGAAAUGGACUUUGGAUUCCUGGCAGACAACUACAAUGAGCCUCCUGGUCGGUCAAUGAAGCCACAUCCCUGCAGAACUCAUAUUCUUCAAACUAUCAUCAAAACAGAUGAGGUGCAAAAGACAUUCCUUCUCAAAUGGUGAGUACUGUUGAAUAAACGAGCCUUUCAGAUCUAGGGAUGGGAGUCAAGAACCAAAUCUAGAUGUCCCGACUAGUUCAAGCCAUCACAUCACUCACAGUUCACUUUCAAUGUUCAAUGUUUCAAUGUGACAGACAACCCAGGAAUCAAGGAAGUAAUCAUCUCAGCCAAGGGAGUAGUUUCGACUUUGACAUCCUUCAAAUCCCAUACUACACACGCAAACUGACAAAAACUCAAAUGUAAAUGUAAAUGACAUAGCUGAUAUUAAAAUCCAUUUAAGCUGACAUGACCCAGGCACAAUGUGCCAAACAUGUCGACAACUUACACUUCACGGCUGCAGAUAACAUGCACUGUCUGCCUCCUGUCUGGUCCAACAAGCAGGUAACUUUUACAGGCAGUAGUGACAUCGGGGACAGUCAAUCACAUGCACGUAAGCGAGAAACCGGCAGCCAACCGAAGAGCGAUAUUUGGGUUAGAGGUGGGACUUCUAGAAGAGACCGACUGUUAACACUUUGUGUGCCAUAAUUAUUGAUUGAACACUACUGACAGCGGUCGCAUUGAUAGGGACUACACUGUAGCGGCUGAUUAUUGGUAGGGACGUGUCCCUAGCAUCCCUGCCUGUAAAAUCCACUGGCUUUGUGAGACCGGCAGCUUUCCAGUCAUAAACAUCCAGGUGCUUUCCUAUCACACAGAGAAGUUCAGAGUAUUUUCAUAACUGAUUGAUGAUUUGUGUGUUAACUUUACUGAGUUAGUGUCAUUUCUGUUGCUAGCUGAAUAUGCUAAAAACCUGCUAUCAUUGCUUCUCUUUGCUUACCAACAGAGGGUGUAUUUUCAACCAGCUAGCAUUUGUAUGAAUCAAAUCUCAUUACCAUCCCAAUCAGCUUUUUAAAAAUGUGUAUUACAGGCUGUUGAUUUGUCCAUAAGAAUGGCCAUUUUAGCAUUAAUAUUGGACCUGAUUUGCUUUUGGAGCAUGCCUGAAGUAGCCCCUUGAGAAACUGUACUCUUUGGCACUUCUGUGUUAGCUGCGUUUCUCUGCUCUGUAAGUUGCUGCUUGGUUACACGCCAAGUAGGAUAGAAAUGUAUCCACCCUUUAGUCUAAACACAGUCCCUUUUGAUUUUAAAAAAGCAAUAUGGCCACCGCAAAAACGCCAAACUUAAAGUGUGACAAAAACAUUUCAGGGUAACGUCAUGGUGGCUUUGCAUUCACAGCUGAACUCAGUAGGGAGAGCUGUAUCACUCACAGCAUUCGGGAUCAUAAAAGUCCACACUUUAUUGGAUGAAGAGGUGUCAAAUGAAAUCUGUAACCACAUUUACAGCGCGUUAAUAGUCUGAUGUAAAGCACCGGGCACUGCGCGAAUUUACUGCCCUUAACUAUGAAUGACUUUUUAACAAUCCCAGCAAUGCCAUCAAGUUCACUAACAAGCCUUUUUUCGUACUGACUCAACGUGAGUCACCACAUUUUUCCCUUUACUGUUUGAAGAUUGAUCAACAAAUGAAUGGCAUUUUGGGAACUUUUCAGGUUUCCUCAGCGCAACUAAUGGUACUGUUGAGGAAAAAAGUCCUAUAAAAUGAAAUACAAAGCUUCUUCCAAAGGAAAAUUUCAGCCCAGUGUCUUUUCAGCCCCCAGUCCUUCUUUUUUUUUCUUUUGCCAUGAUGAUAUGUUGUGCAGAUGUUGGGAAAAGCUUUCCAUCUCACUGCAAAGAAUAACAGCAGCAGCGGAAGUCCCCCAGGAGAGGUUCGGGCUUAGAAACUUGCAAAUACACACACACACACACACACACACACACACACACACAAACGCACACUCGAAUGUGAGCGCAGACACACAACAAACUCUCAGACAUGAACUCAAACACCUUUACAUCCUUUUAUGGGUUUGGACGCUCUUAUCAUCCUCAGACAUCCUCCUGGAUCCAGUCUAAGAGGACACGUCAUGUUGAGACACAUGCUUCUCACAUUGAGACAUUAAAUAAACACAUGUAGACACUAAUCACCUCCAUAUACGUUUCACUGUUUCUGAAAUUCAUCAUGUCAGUGAGGCUUAACACUCACAACAGCGGAGUGAGUAAAAAUCACAUAUCAGUAAUACAUCUGAUCUCUUUUGUAUGUUUUUAAUUAUGUUGAUGUUUAUUUAACAUGUCGGAACCAGUCCUCAAAAUUUCCGAGAGCUCAAGCAGAUGUCUCCUCUUUUUCUGCUCUAGAGUUUAAAAUAUUACAAGAGAUAGUAAAGCUGCAAAGCUCCAGAGAGGCUGGAAUAAAAAAUGUCUGGAAUUUCAUCUGAUAAAUUACUCACACCUGCAAUAUCACAGUCUCUAUACCCAAUGGAGGCAGCAAGAAAUCCUCUAAAGAAGGUGCACAUUAACUUUGGAAAUACAACCCAUUUACUUUAGAAAUAAAACCCAUUUACUUUAGAAACAAAACCCAUUUUAACAGACAAAAUAAAUCAGUGAAUGCCUAAGCUGGAUAUCUGACUCUGUGGACUGUAGCCUAAGUUUUAAGCACACUAACCUAAUGGACUGGUGGUCCCCUAAACAGUGAACUUCCAGGUCACAAAACCAAAAUCAAAGACAGUAACAUGCCCUGAGUUUGCAUCUCCAGGAAGCUGUUACCAUGAAGAUGAAGUAAAUUCAGAAGGUGUUAAUGGGAAAUUGAACCAGACACAAAUCUAACCCUAAACCCUCCACUCCCCAUACAUUAAACUCUGCUACCAACCAAGAACACAGACACGUUAGGUUAGAUUAUUAGCUAGUGGCGAUUCCAUGGUAACUGUACUGUCAUCAGCCCACUUUAAGGUUUGAUUAACAACAAAAUAACAGCUGCACUUGUAGCACCUCACUCAGCCAAAGCCCAUAUUAUGUCACAGUUGGUAUUUGUGCCUGUUUUCUUUAAUUUGGUCGAUGCCUCCUCUUUAGUGUUGCUCUUUUUUAAAAAGUCGUCUGAUUUGAGAUAGACAUGAUUUAAAGCUCCUGUGGAGAACUUUCUGUUCAUCUGAACAUUGUCGCCCCCCCUGUGGACAAAGCAGUCUUUACUUACCUAGUUGUCUACCUAAGAUUUAAUCAUUUUGACUUCUUACAUUCAAGUGAAUUGAACAUUUUACAUGAAAAAUGUACAAACAGGGCUGUUUCUCCAGCAUCUUGGUUGACACCUACCCUUUUGCACAACUUGUACAAAACAUUUUGACAUGCAGUGCAAGUGUGAUUAUUAUUUUCCAACUGACACCCUCGUCAGUGCCCACGUUGUGACAUCUGCAUCUGAACUUGCUCCUAAGGUAACGUCAACAAAGACAGCACAUGGCUACCUUCAGGUUGUGGAAAGUGUCUGCACCUUGUAACAACAAAAACCUUAAGUUAGAAGUCAGCGGCGUAGUACUUUACACUCGUUCCUUUGCCGUCCUAUGCAGUGACCUUAGUUUUCUUGUCCUCCUGCAUAGAUGAUCACACCACUGUUAAUCUUAAAAUGAUUUUGCAGUCAAUCCAUGCAUUGACAUUUUAGCGUUUUCUGCAUUUUCCGGUCGACAAUGGUUGGAGAGGAGUCAAACAUGCCAGCUCAGGCUGAGUCUAUUUCAGUAAUGUGUCUGUCUGUUGCUGCACCUGACCCUUUAAAGCAAUGAGAGCAGAGAACAUUAAUUUGGUUUGAUUCAUGUUACGCCCAAAACGUUCCUAUGAAUAAUGAAAGGACUUAAGACAACUUUUCGAGCCUGUGCACCCCCUAAAUAGGAAAAUGUGGUUGGACGCGCUGUGAAUCACUCUGUGCCAUUUGCUUUAGGUCAUUCAAACAGGACACAUGGUUUUUCAGCAACAGAACUGCUGCUGCAUCGAACAGUUUUAUGCCUUUUAAUAGUCACAUUUAAACCUUAUGACGGCAUCAGGUUUUCCUUUUUUAGUAACUUUGAUAGAAGCAGAAUAAUAAUCAGCCCGCUUAUUAUUAUCAUUAUCAUUAAAGUGCAAAAUUACCUCUUGAUAGCUGACAAACUCAAGGCCAAGUCGAAUACGUUUUAAUAAAAGCACUGUCGGAUUCAACCUGUGCCCUGAUUCUCCUUAUUCCAUCUUUUAUGUUGAAUCUUAUAAAGCAACCACCAACAAAAAGCUCAGUUUAUCUUAAAGACAUGCCUGAAAAUACAUCCCUCCAAGUGAAUCUUAAUAAAACCUAAUAGGAGGAAUGCCGUUGUGCUGCUGGUGACUGGAAAGUUGACCAUAAAAUUACAGAUGGAGUCAAUUUUAUGAUCCUCUUUCACAGUAGUCAGCGGGAAAUGAGAGCUCUGCUUUCAUGGUCAAAAGCUGCACAACAGUUUUAGUGAGGAAAAAUUCCCCAGCUUCCCUGUACACCCCUGCUCCUGAAAUGUUUGCACUUCUCCUCCCUGGACAUUUGUUACCUUUUAUACUGCAAUAACAGAAAAAUGAAGAGCAUAGAGUUUCAGCUGUGCAGCCUUUGGGGAUCCACCUUUUCCCUGUUUUCUGUGAUUUUCUCUCACUCGAAAUUCGACGGCUGGACAAGACUCUGCAGAGUUCAAUUAUUGAUUGAAUGAAGUAUUUAUAUGACACAUUUUUAAAGUGGAGUGAGCAGAAUAAAUUUAGGCUGGAAGAAAAACAACUAUUCCCAAAAAAUUCUGAGUUUUAAGAGAACAGCAGGAAUCCCUUUGACUCUCCCCCACACCUGACUGACUGUCAGCCCUUUCCAUGAUAUCACUGCUGGCUCUGAGAUACAGAGAGAUGCCUUUGUUUUGCAGCACUCUGCUCCAACACACUGUGAGGGGAGGAAGAUGAGACGCAGCGGGGUGAGGGGGCAGAGGAGGCAGACAGCUUUCAAAUAACACAAUAUGAGCCUCACUUUCAUCAAACGCGUGAUAGAGAUCUGCCUCAACUCACCAACUCAAAAACACAUCCUCAAAUGUUACUCUGAAAAUGUGGCUUGAAAAAUCACGAACGUGUUUAUAAUGACAAAACUGAGAGUAUCCAAAAAGUUUGAGAAGAAAACUAAAAUCAUAACUAUUCAGUUUGCUUCAAAACCGGCUCUUUAUGCUGCUCGGAUCAUUCGUCUUUCACUUUGGCGUGCCUGUUUGAUUGACAUCUACCAAGCUCCGCCCACAGCAAUGAUUUAAGCUCACAAUAGGUGGCCCAGCUCCAAUCUCCACCCUAAAGCCUCAGCACUAAAUCUCUCAGACCUCAAUGAGGUCAGGCGUGCAGCACAUGAGUGGUCUAUGAGGGUUUGAAUUUAAGGACAGGGACACCAAAAUGACGUCACAGGAUGCUUAAAACCAAAACUAUGAAUAACAAGAAAAAAGACAACCUCCACAGUCAAGUUUUAGAAUUUUAUAAAAAGAUAUAUAUUCUGUAUGUUGAUUCUUUUAGAAUAACUGACUGAAAAUUAAUGUAAAAUGUGUUAUAAUCACCUAAAGAAGUGGUAAACUACAUGUCAAUGUAUCUAACAGUGCUGUGGUGUCAGUGACUGUGGAUUUUGGUUUCUGCAGAGGAUUGUUGAGCCCAUGGAUGGUGGUCUCCAUAUUGGAACUUCUGACUCAAUCUGACUUUUGUACAACCAAGAAACAAGAAAAGAGGUGGAGGGUUUUCAGACACCUGGGGAACAGCUACAGCAGAUCCACAUACGCUGCACUCUCUGAACUUACACAGAGCGUUAUGUCUGAGAAUCACAUUUCCUGCAUUUACAACAUUUCGGAUCCUGCCUACACUGGUUUUAACACUUAAUCCGUUUAGAUCAUUUGGGAUACGGUGAGAAACCUGGUUAUUUUUAGCCAUGACCCAUAACAAAUACUAGAUCCUGGUUUCAGUUUAACGCAUCGUAUGUGCCCAGGCCCCUGUGAUGAUUGUUUUUUUUAUCAGCUUUUAAUUUUUUAUUAUAUCUGUCUGUAAAGCUCAGUAUCUAUUGCACCAGUAAAGCAUCUUGUACAAGAUUUGCACCAGCGUACAUGUUGGGAAAGGGACAUUUUGUCGCCUGUUCACCACAGAUUUCAGUAGGUUAUCACUUCCAUGCUGUCUUCCAUCAAGUCAGGACUACUUUCAUUGAAAGAAUUAGUUCUAUUUGGCUGUAUGGUUCAGUUCUGAAAGCGCCCUGCCCUUCUAUAUGCUUACAUGGAUUACCAAAACCUGUAACAGGGAGAUCUGCUAUGUCAUUUGGCCAAAGCUGGGUUUGUGCAGGUAGUAGGUCAGCAGCUAGCACAUGAGGAAAGGCAUAUACAUGCUACAAUAUGCAGCUUUACUUAUUGCAAAUUUGGUUUAUUGCAAAUGUAAUCAUGAACAACUAGAAAAACCGGAAACCUAAAAAACAGGGUCAAGUACAGGAAACUCAGUUCUAUGUAAAAAGACUCACAUCCCAUCUCUAUUGUCGUCUUUGCAAUAGUUGCGACAAAUUCAACUACUGCUCAACAUUUAUCCGCUCCAACUCCAAUAUAAUAUGCUGACAUUUAGUUGCCAUGGUUGCCUGUGCACACACAAACUGACAUCCUAACCGACAUAGAAAUCACAUUGCCACCUAGUGUCUUGGUGGAGUAUUGCAGGCUAUGUGUAUGUAGCGCUCACAAUGGUGCAGGCUACAAUGACUAAGCUACAGCAGGAUUAGUGCAUGAGUAAACACCAGGUUUUAGCUUGUGCAAUUGUAAUAGCAAACUUAGCGCCCCCUGCUGGUGUUAACACAGCAGCCAAAAAUAGAUAAGCACCACUUUUAUUUAUCACCCUGAGGCAUUAAUACUUGACUGGAGGACAAAGCUAAUGCUAAUGCUAAGUGCUAACAGCCAGGUGUAGGUUUAGUUGGGACUUUAAGGUGACCAUACGUCCUCUUUUACCCGAACAUGUCCUCUUUUUGGAGGGCUGUCCGGCUUUGACUGGGGAAGUUUAUAAAAUCCUUCAAAUGUCCAGGGUAUUGUAUGGAAGUUUCGAGUUUGUGUCAUGUAGACUAACUGAGCUAGAACCAUGUAAAAGACACUUGUUAUUAACUCUGUGACUCCGCCCCUGCGUAGUCGUGUCCUCUUUUUAGGGAUUCAGAAUAUGGUCAGCCUAUGGGACUUUAUUUGGCAACUUAAAGAUAACAGCUAAUUUGACAAAACUAUAUCCAUCUUAUCAGUUUGAGAAAGAUUACAGUUAUUACAUGAACACUUUUAGAUUAAAGCUACAUCUCUGCUACAAGAUGCUAAUGAUUACAUACUUAACCCCAAAUAACCUAGACUGCUAUUGUGGAUUUGGGUUUCAGAGGUUUUUCCCUGCUGAUUCAUCUAAGACUUUUAACUUCAAUAAAACACCAAGUUCACUCAACAUAAAAUGCACAUGAAGGACUACAGCAAAUAUUUUAGUGAACGGAAAAAUGAGGGAUUUAAGUGGAAACCAAACAGCACCCCGAAACUCUCACCAGAUGAAGAACAUCCUCUCUGCAGCGCGGCAAUGUGCGCGACAGAUGUCUGUCUGUGGCACAGGAGGUAGCAUUACAGCUCUGAAAUCAUCUCUUAAAAACACUCCUCUCCCUCCAGAAAAAAUAGCAAUGAGUCUUUAAAGGCGAAGACGCAGUGCUGUAGGUCUCAGGCUUCUACUUAAAGAAGAAUAAUCACAGGUUGUAUAGUUGGCACGGAGAGGGAAGAGGUCGGCUGUAAAACCUCAACCUGAUCUCACACUAAUGAGCUUUUUGUAUAAACACCAGCAGCUCCGGACGUUUGCUCUCUGCAGACUUUAUUUGUUUUCAGUUGUAAACUUUGUAGUCCAAGUAUUCAAGACCUGUCCAAGUUCCUGUCUUCAGCUGGCUGCUUCUCUGGACUCUGUGCCAUAACGGUAGCCAGGAACUACCUCUGUGUGCAACACUGGCAUGGACACGCACGCACAAACCCAUGUGUGGCGGACUGGGAGAAGUCUAUAGAUAAAGUUUAUCUUCUGCUUUAUCAGGUUGAGAUACUGUUAGGGCUUUUGAGCUGUGACCUUUAUCCUGUGAUGAAAAUAUCAGACAUUUUGAAAAAUCCUUUUUUUUUUUUAAGGUGUAACCGUCCUACUUUAGUGCUUUAUACAUGAUCAUUUCUCCUCCUCUAGGCCAUGUUUUACUGGGAGUAAAACUUUAAAACAUCGCACAUAUCCAACUCUACGACACACUGAACACGUCAGGAAGUUUUCAAACAACUUGUAUCUCCUAAUUGAUGGCCUGUGUGCCGACAAAACCAUAAAUCCCUCGUACAUUGCGCCUCCUUUAGUCGUGUGCGCUCCAAACACAUGGUGUAUUAAUUAAGAAACAAUGCCCCCUUUCUCAUGCAGACAGAAACACAUAGAGGAGAAGAAGAAGGGAGGGAAAGCAGAGGAGGGAGGUGGAGAGUUGAAGCUCAUCCCUUUUCCAUAUUGCAAUACGCUUAACCUAGUUUUUCAUGAGAAGAAAUUCACACAGCAUCAGGCUGCCAGAUUGAAGGUAAAGGACGGUAAAACUUUCCCCUUUCAGCAGACUAAUGUAAAACAAACUUCACAGACAUCAUCCUGUCAAAUCAAUCCCAAUACCGAGAGUAGAGGGAUUUAUUCAGGUUCAUUCAGUCGGAAUAAGUUGUCAAAAGUCCAAAUAAGAUCACAGACCAAGUUGAUAGAACUUAGAUAGGCUAAUUCCUAAUUUUUUAAAGUGUUUUUGUGACUUAACGUCACUUUUAUUCAACAUGACAGUAAUAGAUGGAGUUAACCUGAGUUUAUUCAAAUAUCAGAUAAGAAGUUAUAUCCCCCACACAUAUGCUGCGUUCCGGUUACCUCAGAAGUCGGAUGUUGGAGCUGGGAAUGACGUUACACCUGAGUUGACAGCGUUCUAGUAAACAAGCCGGAAAACCAAGAUGGACGCCCACAGUUAGCUGUUGUUAGCGGUUGUUAACAAUUGUCAGCUGUCGUCAGCAGUUGUCAGCUGUUGUUAGUUGUUGUUAGCUAUACCAGUUGUAAACAACGAAUGACACAGUAUUUUACUCGUACAAACACCAUAGCACCGUGUUCACAGUUAGACGUUGGGCAGUACAACAUAUACCACUUAUUUAAUUUCAUUAAAACAAAACAGAAGUGCUAAUAAAUAAAACAUUACGAGAGCUUUCACUGUUACUCUUUACUGUUGAUGCACUGCGCUGCCAUCUUGGAUUAUGAUUUUGUCGUCAAGUCGGAGUUGGUGAGGAUUGUCCAACUUCACGAGUCAGAAAUCCGACUUCAGGGGGGUGUUCCAAAUGAAAUUCCGACUACCGAGUACAACUGGAACGCAGCAUUAGAAUCAGUGUUUAAGUUCUGGAGUUCAAGGACUGACUGUAUUUGGACUCAGAAGAUUGGAAAGGAGCUUUAUUUACAUUUAAAAAUAUUUGUUUUUCUCAGUCUUUGAAUUAGGCUCUGAUAAUUUUUCAUUGUCAUGCAAGGGCUGUCACGUGUUUGGCUGAUUUUUUUUCAGCUAAAAGUUUUUGCAAUGAUAACUAAAGGGACGCCAUGGAUCAUGAGUUUUACUUCCAAGGAUUUUACAGCAAAUAUAAAAGAGAGAGCAGAAGCAAAAGACCCAUUGAAGCUCACACUGAUUGUGAAAAUUAGGAUAUGAAAAUUCUUAGUGGUUUUGCUUGAGAAGGCAUCCAUAUAAAUUUUUGGCUAUUUCAUUAACCUUAAAAAAAUCCUUAAUGUAGCUUUAAGGAAGAAAGAGAAAAGCUCAAACUGUAACAGCUGUUUAUUCAAGUAAAUGAGAGGCUAGAGUUACUCAGACUGUUGACAACAUUAAUUGUGAGCCUCUGAAGUGACUCAGAUUCAGAUUAAUGUCAGGUGGGCUGCAGCCUUAAGGUACUUUUUGGUGAAUUAGACACCUGCUGUGACUCUGCUGCCUCUGAAUUGAUGAGUGCGUCUCCCUGAUGUAUGAUCUCCAGACAUGCCAGCAGGGUCAGUCAGGAUUUAAAGAAAUGCGUUCUCUUUAAAUCCAUGGGCUCCACACAGUCAGUCCAGGUUUGUACAGUUAAUGGUUUGGAGGGAAACUGUGAUUCGCUUUAUGAAUCCUUCAGGACGAGGCUUGGACCUGACUCAGAUUCUUCUUUUGUGACUUGGACUUAACUGCUUGGCUCUAAAGACUCAACCUCGAGUGGAGGUUUGGUAACUUGAGCGCAACCCUGCUGUCAACUCAUCAUUUAACACCAAUGAUCCAUUUUAGGUUUGAAAAGAUGGUUCAGUGUUGUCUGUUUAACUUUGAGAGGGUUGUUUUUCAUGCAGGGGAACAUUUGUUGAAGUUUGAGAGCAAGGAGAGCAGAAAAUAUUCAUUUUUGAUAGACUGAGGGUAAAAUUUGAGAGGAAACUAUGGAAAAAGUGUGUCCGGUUUCUCCAAAUUACAAAUAAUUUUGCUCCUAUGUCUUGUUCUGGCUGACAUUUACCUUUCAUCGAGUCCUUACAGUCCCUGCAGUCGAUACUUUGCUGAAAAUUGUUCAAGAAAUUGCAGGUGUGUUAUUAUUUCUGAGAAUUGUUGGUUGUUUCAGUUUCCCAAGACGCAAGCCCAAACGACCCUUAUUAGGAAAAACAUGCUGCAAAUUCAAAAACAGGUGCAAAAGUCUGGAAUGAAUGCAACAGAUGCAAAUGAUAAAGAGGCAAAACAAGUGACAGAGUGGCAAAUCAAAAUACGCACAAAGAUAGAAAACUGAAAAAAAAAAGAGAGAAAGAGGAAAAAAAUGCAAGACCAGACUUUAUAACAGAAGUGCUCCAGGGCUGUAGGGGUGUUCGGGUUCAUAUCACUUUAUAAUUGAUGGAGGAGAGAAAGAGAGACAUGCCUGUGUUUAUGAACUCAUUAUUGCAUCUUGUUAGACACACUGUAGUGACAAGUCUUGAUAGGCUAGACCUCACUCCUGUGCAGAAGAACAAGUUUAUAACGUGUAAAAUCCCACAGCUUGUAUUCAGAUGUAGUCUCUGAUAGUCUGGUAGCUAUGCAAAAAUUCCCACCUCUAUGGCUCUCACUUAGCCACAUAGCAAUACUUGGACUCCCCAGCUGUGGCUGUACAUCCGGAAUGUUCAUUACAGGAGUUUUAAUGUGGUCAAACUGUGCAUCAGUUUUGGACUUUUGCAUGGGUGUGUGAAUUUGCACUGUGCAUCUCUUAAUUUAAAUAGUAGUUUGAUCCACUGCAGAGCGUCAUAGACUGUUUAAUAAGUAUGCACAUGAACAGUAGGGAGAGUGAAGAGGCAGAGGGGAUGUGAGAGAACAAUGGCAGAAAGAUUUAUUGUCAAACUGAUGGACCAGGUCUGAUGUGAUCCACAUCUGCAUGGAAAUGCCAGGAUUCCACUGAAUGCAGAUCCGCUACACUCCGCUCCGGAACGGCAGGCAGAUCAAAAACGCAAGCAAACAUUGUCCAUAGGAGGAGAGGUGGAGGAGAGGCGCUUGCAAUAUUAAUGAUAUUUUUUGCGAGACUGGACGAGAUCUCACGAGAUCAGUGGUGUAUAUAAACACCCACAUCCCACAACCCUGACCCCUCCUAUUAUCGCGUGAAGAACAGUUCAACGUAUUGACUUUAUUUUAUUUUGAAAAUUAGCCGGAUAUUUUACUCUGUAGCCGCAUACAACUUCAGAUGCUGCUCGUGCUGUGCUGCACUAAAUUUGUUGCGUUGUGCUGCGACGUCCGGCAAAAAUAGAAGCCCUAUGUAUCUGAUCCGACCCCCGCAGCGGAGUCAGGUGGCGGACAGAUUGUGUUGAAUUACACAAAUUGAUUACAAUGCUUGCGUAUCUGAUCAGGAUGCCCUUUCGGAGAGGAGCACAGCCGUCCCGUAUCCCGUGGGAUUUAGCAGUAACUGAGUCACCAGUCAGAAUAACUGGGGACUGAUAAGUUUAACCUCAUUAGUCAAUAAGUCUGGAGCUGUAUGUCUAAAGAUUGGCCACUGAAACCCAAAAUUAACACAACAGUAACUCCUGAGACCUCUGUCACCACUCAUCUUUACAUCCCUUCAAUCGUACAACCGCUCUCUCUGGUGAUCCCUCUUCAGGUAUAGAGUAAGAUGCGUGGUGCAUAGUCAAGUGUAGCAUUAACCUGGUUGCUAAGUGCAUGCUGGGAUUAAUACACAAAGACAGAAAAAAAUGAGCUGAAAUAUAAAUAGGAUCAUUUCAGUUUGAUAGCAGGAUAUUGCCCGGAACUGUUUAAGCUAAUCUGAAGAGCAGGGCCCCGAGUAAAGAGGUUGGAAACUAUUAAACCAUCACAGCAUGUGUUUCUCACUCCCCCCUGUGUGAGUAGCUCUAAUAACACUAAUAUUGUCCUCCGUUAUCGUCGUAUCUGAUCAUUUUGAUUAAAGAAACCCCAUGACUCUUCUUCUCAUCUGCUUUUAUUCCACCCUCACACGCCUGUCCUCCCUCUUUUUGUUCCAAAUGGAUUCAUAUAUUUCUAUAAUACCCUGACAAAUACACACCGCCACCAUAAAGUUGGCCAGAGCCCUAGUUUGGUAUGAGAAUGGAUGUAGACACAGAGGCCCUGUAGAAUAUCCAGGAAGUUAAUUUUGGAGGACUUCCAUGAGGCAUUCUGGAAAGUUUCACUUCCAGCCAAAUCAAAUUAGAGCCUCCAGAGCUGUGAGAGUUUGCAGCUGAAUGAGAUUCACCCCUUCCAACCUGUCCCCGAGUGUCUAUUUUCUGUCUAUUAUCUGCUCAUCUUGAAAACACACCGCAGUCACAGAGGCCCACCACACGCUACAGACGCCGCGCUCCAAAGCCUGUGAAUGCAUUUAAAAGUUUCCAACACUAGGGGUCUCUCUGAGGGUUUGAUGAAUGAAAGCCAGAGUGCUCAGCAAACAAACCGACAAUUAGAAAAACCCUUGAGUUCCAAAUUAAGCUCACCUCGUCAAGUAGGAGGAGGAAAGUAAGUAAUCUUGUACCCAGUGACUCCGUCAGCGAAGCCAGGAAGUGGGCAGAAAGUUUAUUGACUCUUAAAGCUUUCAGAGCUGAGACUUUGGGCCUGAGAUUUCACUGUUUCUCUUUUUUGGUGCUCCAUUUUCAUUUCAAUUUCACUUUGUGAGAAACCCAAAUAAACCCGAAAUAUGUCGAAAAAAUAGCAGGUAAAGAUUUGAGGAAAACUCCUCCUCCUACAUGUACUUCUUAUUUAGGCUCAUUUUAGUUUUCUGUAUUUCACAUGGUUUGCAGAAAUGACGCGUAGAAAGAGAGCCUCUGCUUCUUCAUACUUCUCCUGUGUCCUUUUGCUUUACAAAUUACUAAACAUAAAUACUGCAGAAUUUUGAACAUAUGUGAUAUGAAAUUUGCCUGAACGUCGAAUUACCGAGAAAAGAAAAACAACACUAUUGGUGAAGAAACUCUGUGUGACUACAUCUCAGUUUAUCUUACUGAAUCAAAUUAAAAUAAAUUCAGGUCAACACUAUCUGUUAGCUUCUAGAGUUAGCUUAAAUUUAGCCUCUUAGGUUAAAUCAGUCCUUCGAUUGGAUUCUUAUAUCCAUUUUGUAAUACAAUAACAAUAAUAGUAAUAAUAAUAUUAGACUUUUAGCUUUUUCUUCCCUUUCAAACUAAAGAAGUGCAGCUCUUUAUUUAUUGUUUCUUUGUAAUCACCAAUUGACUUGUUCAUCUCCAUAUCCAACUGUCUCAUUACAACUUUAUCUUCUUGUUUUUUGCUUAUUCAGCAAUUUUGUAGUCAAAUCCCCAAAUCUCAGGUCCCAGAUGAGUGUCAAAUUCUUAGUGUUCCAAUCUGAGACACGCCUCAAGACCAGUGUCCAAGACUGAGUCCGCUCCUCAUCAUGAAUAAACCUUUAUGUUGCUAUCAGGGUGGCUCCUGCUCUCCACAAACUGUUGACAGCGUGAACUUGGACUGACUGUCUGAACCAACUCUGACGCCGUGGGACCUUUUGGGUGUAUAAAAAAAACAAAAAAACACACAUUUCUUUUAUUAGCAUUAGAUUUGGACUGAUCGCAAAGUUGUGUUUUCAGAUCUUAUGACUUGAGAUCAAGUAACAGCACUUCUUCUAAUGAGGAGACACUCGCAGUUACUGUUAACAGUAAGCCUAGUUUAAAGAUGGGGUAAGAAGGAUUCUGUUAAAGAUCUUUUUUUGUGGUGUAUAUACAAAGAAGUUUGUGGGCGGGGCUUGCUGGAGCAGAGAGGGAGGGGAGAGGAGGAGCUGAGGGGAAAACUAGUUCAGAGGGGUGGAGUUUACACUCAAGAUUUCUCUCAAAAACUGACACUACCUCAGAUCCUGCCUACCCCACCUUUAAGGGAGGUUGGCCCAGUCUUUCUUUUGCACCACUGUAAUGCACUCAACAAUCUAGAUAACUUUAGUAUCUCAAGUCACUCUGGUCUUGCAUCAAAAGCCAAAGACAUGAUUAGUAGACAUGUCUCUAUCCUGACCAUAACUAUAGGCACAUAAACAUGCAUGCAGGUGAACAAAAGUGCUUCCUUUCUAAAAUGCAUAGUACCAUAAACAUGAAAACUGUCUUUGUCCAUGCAUUAGCCUGAGUCCUUUUCUGUGGAGUCGAGACUAAAGCCAUCACAGCUAAAGAGUCCUGGACUUGAGUACUACAGUCCUGUUAGGAACGGUGAAGAAUAACACUGAUAUCAGAGGAUAACUCACAGAUAACCUGAAGUCUCCAGAUAAAACUAAUCCCGUGGGUGUAGUACUUCAGAAGUGAGUGUUUUUACAGAUACUUUAGAAGUAUUUUGAUAUUUAAUUGCAUCAAGAAAUAUCUAAUAGAUAAACUAGACAAUUCUGACGCUGUUUAUCUUAAUCAGCAUUUUGAGGGUCAAGCCAAAACAGAAAAUUUCCUCCGUGAAACAUUUUUAUGUCUGAAUCCUUCAGCCAACACAGACCGAGUUGUUUUUUCAGAUGUGCGCCGAGCUAAAUUUAACUCUAUCACAAAUCGGAUUUCAACUCAUCAGAGCUUCUGUGCAGUUCGAAGUGCUGAGUAGUGCAAUAAAAGCGGUCUGUCAGUCACUUGUAUUUGCCUCUUUAUUGAGUGUGAUCAAGCUUUUGCCAAGAGUCUGGAGCCAAAACUAAACCCAGACCAUUAUUAAGUGUGUGUGUGUGAGCGUGUGAAGCACAUAUCUGAAGCCUGUCUAACAAAACCAGCAGUAUUGGGAAAUGUGGGGAACAGUGGUUUCUUUAACGCCGCUGCAGCUAUAUAAGGCAUUGAUGUGACAUCACGUCUUGAAUUUCUCUGAGAUGAUGGCGCUCUGACGGGGCCACUUGUCACAUUUGUCAAAGAAGAGAGAGCUGUCUGUGAACCUUUCUGUGAUUUUUUUCCCCCCUCUUAAAAAUAGAAAAUAGUUUCUCAGGGAUAAAGUGUGUCAUGCAUUAAAUAUCAAAGUAGAAGAUCCCUUCACACAUAUAUCUCAUCUGUCUCCUCUGUUAUGUACAAAGCACACUUUUCUUAUCCCAACCUUCAAUCUCCAGUCUUUUUCAGGCUCCUCUCCUCUGUGAACUGGUGCAACUUUUCUUAGAGACAGAACAAUGUGCCCACAUUUCUCACCCACUUACACCUAAACAGGAACUUUCAAAGUAUAGCUUCUGCCUGUUUGUGUGCGUGUAUGUGUGUGUCGAGUGUGUGCAUGUCCAUCUGUAAGUGUAGACAUGCAUGGGUGUGCAUUUACUUCACAGUUUAUGCGUAUAUGUGAUUUUCUACGUUAUAUUUGCUCCAAGGUAUCAAUUUGGUGAGCAGGGCUUAACUUGGUGGCCAGUAAUAAACUUCUAUUCCAGUGCAGUGGCUCUCACCACAGGCAACUAUGUGGCUGGCCGCCCGUGCCACCACAAGGGGAGCCAUACUUUAAACUGGUAUGAGUCACUGCCCAUCAACUAAAGCUCUCAGACACAGAGCCGCAAAGUGGCGCAUCAAGAUGUCAGCCUUCAAAGCAGCUUCGGGUUUCAAGGAAAAUCAUGUGAGGGUUUUAAUUGGGUUCAGAUUUCGAGGCAGUGUAAUGUUCCUGAAUGAUCGCACAUGACAGGCCAUCGUGGGAAUCACUGACGACAAACCGGUGCACUGUGGCAUCUCAUAAAUGCUUCAGCUGUUAUUUUAAGAUAACCCUCAGAAAGGAAAUAAAAUCAAGUUUAAAUGCGGGUUUAAUUCAUCAAACAGUUUAAUAUACUCGUGGCUAUGUCUUUAGACGACUGAGGUUAGAUAGGUCACUCGUUUUGAUUACCUUAAAAAGUUCCAAUGUUUGUCUUUGCACUUGAAUUCCUUCUAGUUUAGGUCACAUUUUAGUCAUUUUUGCCCUAAAUGGCUUUAGUCUAGUUUUAAAAGUCAAACAUUUCAGUCUAAUUAUAGUCAACAAAAAGUAAAAAUAUUUUUGGUCUAGUUUUAGCCGAUGAAAGUUUAAAACAAAUAAAAAAGGCGAAUGGUUUUGGUCCUGCUCUGGUGGAAAAAACGUCAAGACAAAUUAAUCUAGUCAUACUAAACAAACAAAAAAGUCUAAAUAUUCCACUAACCACUAAAUUAUACAUGUAUUUUCUUACAACACGGUACACUUGCUUUAUGAGUAGGUGGCACCAUCAACUGUGUUGGCAUCUACUAAACUCCAAAUAUGAGACAAACCCACUUCUCUCACAUUUAUCUCAUAUUUGUCCCAUUUUUAGGUCAUUGUGGUGCCUGAUUGAAUUUCCCUUCAGGGAUCAAUAAAGAUCUCAUCUCAUCGUUAAAACUCAAAUCUUGAUCUCUCCGGUUAAUGUGUAUCUCUGCUCUAAAGAUGGACUUUUGAACAUGGGUGUUAAUGGCCCUCCUUGAUUUUGCAGCCAGCCUCAAGUGGAGACUUGAGGAACUGCAGUUUUUAACUCAUUUCCAGAGGCUUCAUUGCCACUUGCCACUUAUUCUAGACCUGGAAGAUAUACUUUUAAAUAGGAAUAGGGUAGCAAAGUCCAUAUCAGAAGUCCUGCACCUUUGUUAUAUGGAGCUGUACUAUUUUCGGCUGAGAGAAUUGUGAGUUUAAGAUGCUAACUAUUGCACUACAUUGGCUUUAUACAGAAAACAGGCAACACCCAACUAUAACUAUUAAGUGUUAUGUAUCUAUUGGCCCCCACGCCACAGUAUCAUGAUGAACAUCCAGGUUUCUUUGUUAACUUUAAAUUGAACCUAACCAUGCUGACCAAACCAAAAUAAGCUUGGACCCCCAUGUCCUGGCAAUGUGUAACAAUGAUGAGGAUGCCAGAGUACAUAAGCAUUUUCUAAAACUUAAGUUCUACCGUCCAUCCAAAAACAACCUCCAAAACCUCUGUUUUCAGUGACCUAAGACUCUGUUUGCAAUUGGACAGGAGGUCAAAACGCAGAGAAAAAGCUACAUUUUCAGAAAUAUUCUCAUACAUGUGGACGGUGCCUUGGUCAGAGGGCUCAUUUGUCCUUCAAAAAAUCAAAAAACACAUCAAAGCCGCUCUCAUUCAUUAUAACAAACACAGGCUUUGUAGUUUAUUUUCUGUCUGCUGCUGUAAAAAGCUGCACAGCACUAAAUGUGUAUUAUCCUCCGGCCAAAAAUAGUCCCCAAUAUGCAAAUUGUAGUAUUUACUCAGCUUUCACCCUGCUGUUUUAGGAAAUUACAGAGCCUUUCUAAACAAAGAUGAAACUACACUGUAACUUGUUGUAAAGAUACAGUAGAGACUAGCGAGUUUGGAUUUGAGUGUAACUUGAGAAGCUACACAACUUCACUUAAACCAUUUUCAGGGAUUUGUGUACAGGGAAAGUAUAGAAAAGCACUAGCCUCUGUAAAACUCCCCUAAGGAGCAGAUUUGAGCAUUUUUGUGGAAAACUACAGUAUUAAAUCGCUGGUUUUAUGUGUCCUCCAUUCAGCUCUGAACAGAAGUUUCUACAAAAUAUGUGCGGAUAUUAAAUAUCAUUUUUCUCCUUUUCCCUCGCCCAAACCGCACAAUCGAUCACAUUCUUCAAAUCAGAAAAGUCAUAACUGGGAUGACUCCUGGAUACACUCCCUGCAUGUUUUUUUGAAAUUCUGUAUGAGUGACAGGAAACAUGAAAUAUAAAGGAAAAAAUUCUACCUGAAUCACAGUGAAAGCAAAGCUGACUUUGGAAACAAUGACACUCUUAUUGGGAGGAAUGAUUCCACAUGCAGGAAUGUGUUCUCACUCCGUUUAAAUGAUUCCAGACUCGACGCUUUCCCUAUCGGCUCUGAGCGGGUGCACCGGCAGCAAGUGUGCACGUGCAUGAAAGAAAAGAAGAAGAAGAAGAAGAGAAAAAAAAAAGAGACGGAAAAUGGACUGCACUCAUGAACACUCUUUCUUACCCCCUCUGCUUAUCCACAGGCCCACGCAACCACACACUUAGUACUUUAAUACUAAAGGGCUUCACUAUUCUGCAGCACCCAUGAGGCAUUGCUGCAGCAUCACUUGACAAUAACACCACAUGAGUGAGACGAAGAGACAGCCUGCAAAUGUAAACCCAGCUGCUCCACCACCUUUAAGUCAAAGAGGUGUAAGUGUCUCUACUGGAAAAGGCAAUGGAUCAACGUCAGUCAAAAAUGUCCAUAAUGGUCUUUAAUGUUAUUUCAGGUCCACCCAGUCUUCCUUAUAGUCCGGAUUUGGCGUUCUUUGACAGCCAGAUGUUAGACCUUUGGGUGGUGCCAACCUUUCUUAUUAAGAACAGCCCACUUACAGCAGCUGGGAUGGGUUAAAAAAGAUGAAAAGAUUUCUUUUAAUCAGCUUUACCACCAAUUUUUAGAUGGAUUUAGGAUAACCAAGGGGAUUUUUCAGCGGUUACAAACUCACAAUGAACCGCUUCGCUCUGCGGCGCCUACAGGCCAUGUGAAGCAGUUGAAGUUCAGUAAGCACAUUGUUUUGGUUCAUUUUCACCACGCUGACUAGCUUAAUUUCCAGUAACAAGCAGCAACAGCUGUUUUUUUACACAAGAGCUCCACUUAAUCUGUUCUAUAAAUAUCUACACAGCACUAAAAAGAGAAAGGGUAAACCGAGCUCCCAGCAGGUGAACAUGUGGCCACGUUUGGUCAGUGCAGAGCUAGAUAGUUUCCUUUAUAGUUUAUAUCAGAUAUUAACUUUGUAAAAGGGUGUUAAAUGAGUGAUAAGAGGCCUGCGUGACAUUGUGGGUGGAUAAAAACCUUACAAAAAGGUUACUGGAGGAAUUUUGUGGUCGUUUGGCCUGCUUAUCGACAUGGUCAGCAACAUUGAGAAACUCUAAACUCAUGAGUCAUCAUUUAGAGAGGAAAUUAAGCCGUUUAAAAGCCAGACUCAAUCUGCGUCACAAUCUGAUCCUUCUCUGAUUCAGAACACUUAGAUUUUCACACAGAAAAACGCACGUGUAAGGAUAUGUCACUUAAACUUUCAGUGGAUUUAAUCAAAUAAGUGUCUUUGACUAUCACUGAAAGAAGACACACCCUGAUUUCCAAAACAUUCAUGAGAGUUUCAUGUUUUUCCUUUUUUUAAUUUUGCUUAUGUGUCAAACUAAUCCUUGGAUAGUUGUCAACAAAAGAGCAACAGAAACCAUCAUAGCAUCAUGUGGCAUAUUAUAUUGGCAUUUGUUAAAAUCUAUAUUUAAAAAUGCUCAAAUAUUAAUGGGAACAAAACCAAAAGCUGACUCCAUGGCAACACCACGUUUCCUGUGACUUAAUGUAACUAAAUCAAAUAUUAUUGUUAAGAGGUGCUUCCUUAAAGCUCUUGUCAGGAUUUUUUAUGUUUAUAAAAUAGAGACUUCAUGUUGAUGCCUUCUCGUGAUAAGCAAAAACAAAACAAACAGCCACAAUACUGUUGAUUUUUAAAGGUAACUUUUCAUGCCUGAGACUGGUGUGAGGGAGGAAGAGUCAGAGGAAGAAACCCUAUUUUUACUUAAAAUAUCUACAAUAAACAAUAUGUUUGAUUAGAUUUUUUUCUUUUUUUGUUAGGAGAUAUGACUCAAGCAUAUAGAGCAUAUGAUUAGCAAAACAUGCUUUGUCCACAGGGGGCGCCAAAAUCAACACAGACCGAAAAUUUCUCACAGGAGCUUUAAUCGGUUAUUAUUAUUAAAGGUCCUGUGAGGAGGUUUCAGCUCAUGGUUAAACAGACUCAAGUUCAUACUGUUCUCUGUCCAAGACCAAUUACAAGAGUUGUUACUUUUUCUGCUUAUUUAAUUCUGAUGCUAAAUGACAUUUUGAUACAAUAUCAGCAGAUUUGUUUGUUCACAGGAGGUGCUGAAAGUUCCUCACAGGAGCUUUAAAUCUAAAUUUAUUUGCAUAAAAAAAGUGAAGCAAAUUUUUACAUGAAUCAUGUGGCCAAAACCAUGUUUGGAAGUUAAUGCUUGUAGAUUUUUCUGCGAAGAAGUUUUCCAUAUCUUUAAAGGUACAGUUUGUACUAAUAAAAAUAUGUGAAUUGUUAUAUCAAAAAGUCAAAUUUUAGGUUGAAAACACUCCCUUGCUCACCCCUCUUGUCAAAAAAACAGUGGUCAGACAAAAGGUUCCUGUGAUGUAUGAUAAGUAGGCUCCAAAGUCUUCUAUCAGCAGGAAAUACAGAAACACUUGUGGCUGUUACUAGUCUGCCUGACAUGUCCAAAAAUAAUUAUGUUUACAGAUUUAUUCAUCACUCUUUGAUUGAUGUAGAAGAUAUCUUGUUUUGAGGCAAGAAUAAAGUACUGAAACCUGAGAGGACACAAAAAUAGAAAAGUAAAACGGCUGUUAAAGUAAUUUGCGUGAUUUUCCACUACCCCUCCACUCCUGUCCAGAAGCCUCUGAGAUUUAUGGAUUUUGAUACGCUUUUUGCAGAGGCUUCUGGAGACAUAGGCACCACAACUUGCCGGCAUUAUGGAAACAACGCUCUAUCCAGCUGGCAGAUUCCUGCAAACCACCGUGUGGAUAUCACCCAAUCCAUACACUGUGGGGAGGUGAUGAACAUGGGAAAUAAUGAGCCUCUGCUGCUACUGCUUUUACCUUUUCCACUGCUGCCUAAAUGUCAGUCCAAACGCUGGCAACACAAAAAUGGAGCCAAUGAAAAACACCUUGUUACAGGCAUAAAUCAACUCAGUGAAGGUUAUUUAAGAGAAUAACACAUUCACCAGAUUCUUGGUGAUUUUCUUAAAUAAGGCAUUGUUUCAGUGUCACCCAUGGAAGAUAAAGUCUGGGAAUCAUUGCAAGAGGAACAAAAUGGCCUAUUCAUAUUCGCAGUGUUGCGGGUGAUAUGAGUGCAGCGCUAUAAUCCAGUGCAUGUGUUUUUCCAUAUCACAAGCCACAAUUGGGUCUUUGGUCUUUCAUGGGAGCACACACAGGAGUAAUCAAGGAAUUAAGCCAAUAUGGUUGUAUUUCAGCGACUUGUCUGUUUUCUGUACGCUUGACAUUGUCUCCUCAACAAAGAGGAAUAGUUUGGCUCUUCUUGUGUUUAUGUUUUGUCUCUUUAGACUGUAUAUUUGAAAGCUUUUAGCCUUUAUAUCCAUGUAUGCCACACUAUAUGUAAAUAAGCAGGGAUUCAAUGAAUACAAAUCAACUCACUACAACAACGGGAAGAUUAGCGGAGCAGGACAGGGCCAGGAUGAGAAAAAGGGAUAACAUUAUUUUGCAAUCCAAUCCUCGAUCAUCAGCAUAACUUUUAAAGUUAAACAACCCUUCAAGAAGUGACUAAAGAGAAAAGAACGAUGGCAGCAGUGAUUUAAAUUCUUGAUACACGAAAUGAGACGUUUCAAUGCCAGCUCAGAGCCUUGGCUUCAGUCAUGACCCACAUUUUCCUUCUUACUUUUAGUCGAUUUCUUUUCAACAUGUUGCUCCUCAGAGUAUAAAUCAAGAGUAAACUUGCACGGCUGUUAACUAAAUAACCAAAAGAAGUACAGCAACACGCAAAUAAGUCAUAAGCAGUAAAUCGUAUGGAUGAAUAAAUUAUAUGAAAGCAAUGCUAGCAGCUCUGUGAGGAUGCACAUCGACUUUCUCUCUUGCAUGUGAGCCAGCUUCUCUUUGAGAGCUGUUUUUCUUUUUUCCCUUUUGUUGUUAAUUUAAUAUACGAUAAAACGGAGGAACAAUCUUUCCACUCCACUCAGCCUCAUGGUACAGACCACAGGCUGUAUAAUCACUGGAUUUACCAUCAGUGACGUCACCCAUUUGUUUCUAAAGCAUAAGUUUGAAGUGCAUUCGUGGCGCUCGCCAUAUUGGUAACGCUGACUCAACAUAACGUUCAGUUAACCUAUUAGAGGCCUUAUGCCUCCUUGCAUUUGAUGCGAUACUCUGGGGAAUGGCAGUUUUCAGUGCUUCUGCAUUGGCUUUGUUUCUUAAGUCUGGCAUUUACUGCUUUGUACAGACACACUAAAGGCGACUAGGAUGCUAAGAAACCAAAGCAUACUUCAGCAAUGUCACUUGUUGUCUUAAAUUUAAUCAACAAAUCAAAUCAAUCAAUCAAAUUUUAUUUAUACAGCGCCAAAUCACAACAGUCGUUAUCUCAAGACGCUUUCCAAAAAUGAGCAGGUCUAGACCACGCUCAUUGUUUGAUGAAUUACCAAGACCCGACCUUAAGAUGGGACCCAUUUCAUCAAACACGAGUGACAGUGGCAAGGAAAAACUUCCUUUUAACAGGCAGAAACCUUGAGUGGGACCAGACUCAUGCUGCUGCUGAAUUUAACCGUCUUUACAAUAAGAGCCAACACUCUCCGAUGUGUAUUUGCUCAAAAGUGCACCGCUGUUUGCUUUAAAUUUUGAUUUUGUUGAUAAAAAGCUGUGCCAGCCACAUCCAGGAUACAAGAAGUCCUAGAACACCCUGUGCAGUACGGUGUUUAUAAGCAAUUCUUUGUUGAAAUGGGGGCAGAUUUUUGGAUGUUUUUCAUGUUUUUGUGUGUCUGCAUCAUCAGGCACACCACGCAUUUAGAGAAAGCUGGGUCAAUGUGGGUGCUGUGUGACCAAUCAGACACAAUGCGAAGAAAAGUGAUGAUUUUCUAUGGGAAUGAAUCUAUUUAUUAUUAAAAAAAACUACCAGUGUACUUGAGUAUACAUGCACACUCAAACAUUGCUACAAAAUGCUGACAUCAUAGCCGCCAAAAUGAUAGUAGGAAGAGGCGACUAGGAGCCAAAAGCGCCAACUCUUUGCCGAGCUGAGCCGAGCCGUAUGAUCAGGCCUCUUGGAGCAACAGCUGAUUUUUUCUGGGCUCUCACUAAGGCUUUGGUUUAACCAAACCGCACUGGUCAUUGCUUACACUUUGGCUGGAAACUUCAGCAAUGAGGCCAGUUUACUAGCUGCCCUCAAAUGUAGAUUUCUGUCUGCAAAUGAUAAUCAAAAGCAGGAUUUAGUCAGCUGAUAGAGGUCCAGUAAUCCCAGGUUUCCAGCAUCAUUGAUGUGUAAUAAGUGAACUGCCUAUAGCCACAGCAUGUAGGAACAGGAGAGGCCCAUAUUUCUCAAGAUGUAAGCAGAAACCUGAAAGCUCUUGAUGCUAAACAUUUGUGAUCAUGUAGAGUUAAUUUAUAGGAAUUAAUUCAGUCUGGACCAAAGCAUUGGACUCACUUUUUAAUAGAGCAGCAUGGCCAAGUCUAGAGAGGACCUCAGUGCCAGCAGAGCUAGUAAAUCACUUAUUACAAUCCAACCACUCUCACCAAUGUCUCCUUAACUCCUGAUGGGUACACCACAUUUAACCUACAGUUCUUACAGAGUUAAAUCUCUGCUCUAAACCUUGGUUCUAUUCAUUUGCAUCAUACUUUCCUCUUACUUUAAUCAUAUAAUAAAAGUUAUGGCCGUUCAUUCACAAGGGAGGCAAUCCAAGACAGGUUUUCAAACUGAUCCGAGAAGACAGCUGGACCUCAACCUUUUACCGGCUUGUGGGAGAAUGUGUCCAAACAGCUUCAAGGUCCGUAAAAAUUACGCCAAAAUUAGCCAAAAACUGCAGCCCAGCACGCAGCUGGUCUCAGUAAAUAUGCCUUUAUGUAUUUGUGUGGGACUGUUAUCUUAAAACGGUGAUAGGUGGUUGGAGAAGGAGUUACCCCGAGGGCUGCUUUUAUGACUGGAAACCCUGCUUGCAUACCCACUCAUUAAGGUGUCAGAAGGAAUAUACCUGCUGCAAUAAAAAGUUAGCCAGCAGACUUCUGCUUAGUCACCGAGCUACAGACUCUUAGCUUCAGUGUUAACUCUUACUGCCUUGAUAGUCUGCGGGAGCAUAAUGGAAAGAAUAAACCAUUUCUUAAUGUUAAAACUUUCCCAGCACCCUGAUAUCACAUUCCAGUACAGCUUCUAUUUUUCCACCUUUUAUUUCAAUGCUAAAAAAAAAGCCCUUUAAAGACGAAGUUUUUGUGUUUUGUCGAUUGGAGGCUCGUUUUAUUUUCAUCCUCUGCCAGCAAACACGAUGGCAGGAUACAUGAAUGGGUGGAGGACUACAGAAGAUUCCUUUCAUACACACAUACACACACAUAUGCCUGGCACAUAUUUAAGACCUAAAUGAAAUUUCCUCCCCUGUGUCAAGGGUUUCCUUGCGGAGCUGCAGUUGAUCUUAGAUUUGGAAAAACUGAUUUGGCAGAUAUGGACCGCUUUAUAUUAGAUUAUCUUUUGUUGAACUUCAGGAAGCAUUUUAGCACACAACAAGGACUUUUGUCUCUUUUUAUUGGUAUCAGCUUUGGAAGUGAUCCUUUGUUAUCUAGCAUGCAGAAGAUGAUUACAAACACCAGUUAUGUACAUUUGCGUGUGGCAGUAUCAACACACAUCUAAAAAUGCAUCUUUAUAGCUGUAUCCUUCGAUUUAAAGUCACUGUUUAGCAGGAGAAACUCAUAUCUCAGCCAAGACCAGUUUUUGUAAUAGAAGAGAGGACUAUUUUUCAUGCAGUAGUUAUAUUUGGGGGUAUGGUUCAGUUCUGACAGCUCCCUAGCCUCUAUACAUGGAUCACCAAGGCAGGGAGAGCAGCAGCAAGGACUCAUGACUUUGUUCAGAUCAGAUAAAGUAUAGAAAUAGAGCUGGGUUGCAGAGGGGCAGCAAAAAAGGGAAGCUAGAGUACUUAAAGAAGAAAGCCAGUUUUGACAUUAGAAAAUGACUGACCUGAUAUGGGCUGCAGUUCAGAUCAGCUGAUGUUCUUUGGGCUGAACUUGACUUUAUGGUUUGUCUGAACUAACACAAUACUUCAUACUUCAGUGGAUAACUAUAGAAGCCACGAACGGCCAUGGGUUUUUUUCUUUUUUUUUUAUGCACUGUUUUCUCGUGAUAACCACUUAUUAUUCAUGAUCUCAAAAUAACAAUUUUUGACUUAUUUUUUUCGUUAUUUCGAUGUAUCAAAGAUUUCCUCAUGAUAACAGAGAUGGUGUUUUAGCUGACCUCAAUGGUAACUUCAGAUAUUUCUGAUAUUCAAUGAAAACGCUGACCGCACGUUCCAUUUUGCGCAUUACACUUUCAAUGUGGGAACAUUUAAUUGCCAUGCGCGACUUGUUGAAAGUGUAAUGCAAAUGUGCAAAAUGGAGCAUGCCGUCAGCGUUUUCAUUGAAAACCCUGACUUGCUGUUGACAACGGUGGCUGCGGCAUUUCUUAGAUAUCCUAAUCUGGAGGGCGUUUUCAAAAGUUACAGUUGAGGUCGGCUAAAACACCAAUUCCGUUAUCAUGAGAAAAUGAUCUUUGUUAUGUCGAGAUAAUGAAAACAGCUAAGUCGAGAAAACAAACUUUGGUAUUUUGAGAUAACAAGAUAAUAUGUUGUUUUCACGAGAAAACUGUGAAUUUAAAAAAAGAAAAAUUAAUUGCCAUUCUCUGUUUCCAUAGAUAUGUUCAAAAACAACUUAUUUCAUACAUAUUCAGACAGAAGUUUUAGUUCUGCAGACCUCAACAGUCUAAAGUUUGGAAAAAACUUAGAAAACAGAUAGAAGACACUUAGGCUUAAAAGGGGGUUCACAGGGUCUGCAGGUAAACAAAGAUUAACAUCUGCAUACCUGCAUUGGCUAAAUAUUGCUCCAGUUGUGCUGUUAUAUACCAGUUCAACCAGACACAGCCUACAUACACCUUUAACUACAUAUUCAAGUUUGAGAUACUGCCAAACCAAGCUACUUUUAGAGAUGCUAUCUGUCAUCUGUGCUUGUUUAUGUUUGAAUAGUAGAGCAUUACUGCAUUAAGACAAUAACCAUCAAGCACCAUCAGAUGUCGUAGUGGCACGAAACAUUAUGGUAUUCACCCACAGGCAUAGAGGUGAGGUUUCCAACACCUUUGAUAUUACUGUUGGGGGUCGUGACUUUAAAGGUUGAUAACCACCAUCUUAGCAUGUCAACUAAGAGAAACAACAAGCAGCUUAUACACACCAACAAGUUUAAAACUCCUAAUAAAUGUUGGAUGAUGUAAAAAGAUUAAUGUAACUCAAAGGGACACUGAACGUUGCCGAGCUAUGCGCUUUCACAUGUGGUGAAUUAACUGAUCUGUGAUUUAUGUGUACCACCUAAGACUGCCUAAUUCCCAGAUCCCUGUCCCCCUUUCCUUUGAGGACCAGUCCUCAUCUGUGCACACAAGAAUGUUUGUGAGAUUACUCUGUUUCAAAACAAUCCCCAUCGUAGAAAUGUCAGACUGUAACAGAAUUCUCCAAAUAAAAGUUUUUUAUGCCGAGCAUCAAAGAUGACACCGAGAUUUACGCUUGACCACAACAAACGCUUGUAAUGAGGAACAUUCAUGGCCUAUAAAAACAGCGACUCCCAUUGUGCUCUGAAUCUCGCCAGGUUCAUAAGAGUUCAAGCAUCUUCAGUGCACAAGCCAUGAGUCUUUAUCAGCCAAGUUCUCUGCUUUGUCUUUUUAUCUGCUUUCUUAACUCCAACUGUAUCUUUCUGAUCUUUCACUCCCUUAUUUGUUGAUCUAGACUAAACCUGAAGACCUUCGAUCAGUCAGGACAGUAUUCGACAUGUCAAAUGUUCUCCUUAGAUGACUCAGCUGGGCUUGAGGUUUUGUCUGUGGCUAUCUUCCUCCCCGUUCAGUGUCAGUCAGUCCCUCUCUGCUUUCAGUUUUUACUGCUGACGACUGGAGACAGGGCUCAGGGAGACUCGGGCUCAUGAAAUACGAGAUGCUCGGGGCAUGUUUAGAUUAUCACAGACCUCUCCACUUAACUCCCCAUAACACUGUGUUCACUGCUGAAAGGAAAGGCAUUCAUCACACACACUAGACAAGAAACAUGGAAAUAGGAUGGUCUCUUUUUAUCUCUGUCACUCUCGUCUGAUCCACCUCUGGAGGUUGAGUGCUGUGAUAUCUGAUCUUAACCUCUUGAUCUGGAAACAUCUACCCAGGAGCAGUUCUUUUAAUUUUGACUAUACUUGUUUUCCUUUUAAGCUAAUGUUUCUGAUGUUCUUGCUCUCUUGAGGUGCUCAACAAUGUUUGGAUUGAUUGACAUGACGUUUGGUACAGGGACCCAUCCCCCAUUCUGGGUGAAUUUUAGUGAAUUUUUCCAACUUCUCUACAUUUUUUUGGCAAAAUAAUGUCACAAUUUUUUAUUUUUUAGCUUAAGUAGGAAGGAAAAGCAAGAGAAGUUUAAUUGUGUAGCACAUUUUUGCGUAUUGUUCCUACAUGCUGUGGCUAUAAGCAGUUCACUUAUUACACAUCAAUUAUGCUGGAAAUCUGGGAUUACUGGACCUCUAUCAGCUGACUAAAUCCUGCUUUUGAUUAUCAUAUGCAGACAGAAAUCUACAUUUGAGGACAGCUAGUAAACUGGCCUCAUUGCUGAAGUUUCCAGCCAAAGUGUAAGCAAUGACCAGUGCGGUUUGGUUAAACCGAAGCCGCACUGGAAGCCCAGAAAAAAUCAGCUGUUGCUCCAAGAGGCCUGAUCAUACGGCUCGGCUCAGCUCGGCAAAGAGUUGGCGCUUUUGGCUCCUAGUCGCCUCUUCCUACUAUCAUUUUGGCCGCUAUGAUGUCAGCAUUUUGUAGCAAUGUUUGAGUGUGCAUGUAUACUCAACAAGGCCAUUCACACAAGACAUUUAUGGAGUCUUGUCCAUGACAACACCCAGAUUUCUGUCUUGGUCAGUAGUUUACGACCUUAAUGACUGACUUUCAAUCCCCUCCUUUUGGCCCUUCAUUUUCAUCUUUCAUUCAAUCGAAGGAAUUUAAGACACUCAUUGAUUUGUUCAGGCACUUGUAUAGGGCCAUGGUCUCCUGGUGACAUUGCUAUGAACAUCUGUGUGUCAUCUGCAUAGUAAUCAUAACUUAUUUUCUAUAACUUGAGCCAGUGCUAGUAUUUACAUAUUAGACGCAGUUCAGCAGUUACCUUCUUUGCCACCAAUUCCACACUCCCAGAGAGGCCCAGGCAGCCUGCUUUUAAACCCCCCUAGCCCCUCCCCUGGGCACAUCCAAAACCAAAUGACAGGGGUAACACUGAGUUAGACACCCUGUUGAGAGAUGAAUGUUGCAGACCACUUGCUUCUCUAGUUAUACCAACUUUAGUAAAGACCGCACAAUAGCAAUACAGAGAGCUAUGCGUAAACCUCAACCAAAAAGCCACUCUAUAGCCAUCAUUACUUCAUUAUUUCCUGGAAGUAAUAAUCAUCAUGUUAAUCACUUUGCACUGUGGACGUGGUAGUUCUUCUUCCUUAGCAUCUUGGUCUGAUUGCAUUUCCAUGAAAAAAAUGAUCAUAAAUGUUCUUCCUUGAGCUGCGUCCCCCCCGCUGCAGUCAAUGGACUUGCCCGAGGUCUUGCUACAAACAAGCGGUUGCUGGAAGAGAGUAGGUGAGUUGUGUUUAGUCUCUUUGCUAAAGAAAUUAGUCAAAGCUAAAAAGAUGUUUGGUGGCUAGUACUAUGGCUGGGACCCUAUUUGUACUGUUGAUGAAGUUAGGAGCUGUUCUGAGCAUUAUUGGUGGCUAUAGAGUGGCUUUUUGGUUGAGCGCGUGGCUCUCUGUAUUGCUAUUGUGCGGUCAUUACUAAAGUUGGUAUAACUAGAGGAGCAAGCGGUCGGCAACAUUCAUCUCUCGACGGGGUGUCUAACUCGGUGUUACGUGUGUUUGACCCUAACUUAAUUUUACACUGAAAUAUCCCUUUAAGAUACCAUAUGCAAAUUCCAACACAAACAAACCCCUCAAUAAAUCUGCCAUUUCACCUGUGACAAAAAAGGGGCACUAAUCGCCCUCCAUACAUCUAUGACCUUACCCCUUGAAAACACAGUAAAUUGGACAAAAUAUCACAAAUGAACCAUACUGGUAUGGUCCGGCGGUCACAUGACCCCCCCAAAAGCGCGCCACCCUGCGCUAUUUACUGACGGAUCAGGAAGUGCCCCGGUUUGACUUGUAAGAUGGCAGCAGGUAAGUGGGUGUAUAUGUGUGUGUGGCAUGUAGUUGUCGAGUUUGCACCCGCAAUGCCUACAGCGGAGAGAAAAGAGUCCAGAAAAACAGGGAAACGGUUGGUUGGAGAGCAGGGCCGCGGGACACAGGUGCGGGGAAACAGUUAACAGUUUGACGAAGCAUGGCUCUGCAGGGAACGAAUGCGCUCCGUGCCCGGCACCGACACUGGAGAGAGUCCCGCUCCAGUCGGGGAAUGACAAUGCUUAACGGCGCUACCGUCACACCCCAGGAUGGAGCCUUGAGGAACUCCACGUGAAUGUUUGUCGGUUCAAUUGUAUAGUUACCCACCAAAAUGACUCAAGUAGUUUCUGUCCUUUUCUGUCCUUGCUUUGCCAAAAGACGCACCCACCCAGCUCCUCAGCUGGUCCAGCUUUUUUCUGUUGCUAGCUAUCCACCUUUUAAAAUGGCUAAUGAACUGUGCAGUGGGUUACUUGUGCAAACACAGUCUCAGUGCUUUUAAACCCUAAUUUUACCCAUACACUGCAUGAGAAGUUGGCACAACAACAAUCCAAAGGUGAGGGCAAAACUUGCAGAGCACCCUUGUUGAAUUGCUGCUGCAAGCUACAAGUAUUGAAUACAUGUAAUAUAUAUUUUUCUAAAACUAGCUCUUUGUCAUGACAGCUAAGUUUAACUUUCAAUUGUUUUUUCUUUUUUUUUUUUAGGUGA